AUGACAGACGCUCUCACGCCUCUGCGGUUCCUGAUACCGUUCAUUCUGCUCGCCACCCCGGCAGCCGUAGUAAAAGAUGUCGUAGGCUUUCUCGUCGGAGACCUCCAGGCUGUCGGGCUUCAACAGCGAGGCUCGGCGUCAUGGCAAGUGCCGGGGAGCGCAGCUUCCUUCGAGAGGGGCUCGGCUUCAAGGUUCCGUCCAUCGUCGCCCCUACUUUGCAAAGUCGUUUCUGUUAGCCAGGUGACUCACGACAGCUCAACUCUCGGUGUCUCGGACGCCCCGCAUGUUUUCUCAGUUGUGCUGGACCAUGGGCAGCAACUGCAGUUCGUGGAGGGGCAAUCCAUUGGCAUCAAACCGCCAGCUCCGCCAGGCGCCCAUGUAUCGCAGAACGAAGGUAAUACUACUACAGGAUCAGAAGUGUCGGAGGGAGAGCACACACCGUCCGCGCAGUACAGCUCAGGAUCGCCGGUUCCCGGCGCACCGAGCGUCGCCAAACGCUAUGCACACCCGCGCAUCUACAGCAUCGCCUCGAGCCGGCACGGUGACGACGGGUUUGGUCGUACGCUAACCCUCUGCGUCAAGAAACAUGUUUACGCGGAUCCGUCGACCGGCAGGAGGGAUGCGCAGAAAGACGGCAUCUGCUCCACGUUCCUUUGCAACGUCAAAUGUGGAGACAUGGUUGAAGUGACAGGCCCCAUGGGAAAGGCCUUGCUGCUUCCCUCGCAAGCAGAAACCCCUCUUGUGAUGCUGGCGACUGGCACAGGCGUUGCGCCAUUUCGCGGUCACCUUCAGGCUUUAGGCAGAGGCCAAAGAAACCGCGAUGCCCUCGGCGAGGGCUCUGAGGCAGCGUGCCCGAAGCACCCGAAAGUUCUUCUUUUCAUCGGCGCCAGAACAGCCGAGACCGUGCCGUACCUGGAGGAAUGGAAGGGUCUCGAGGCACAGAGAGGUGGAGACGUGGAAGUCCACUUUGCUCUCUCAAGGCAAAUGCAGAAUGCGCGCGGCGGCCGUCUGUACAUACAAGACGUCGUAUGGCAAGAACGUGAAAAAGUGUGGAAGGCACUGAAACUCGACGGCGGCCACUUUUACGCGUGUGGUUUGAAGGGCAUGAUGACAGGCAUUCAAGAAGUUUUAGAAGAAAUGGCAGAGGAGAAAGGGUUCUCCAGGGACCAUCUAAUUAAAUUGCUCAAGCAGCAACGCCGAUGGCACGUCGAGGUCUACUAA